AUGAAAAAUAAUGAGAGUUUUUCAGAGCGUGUAUGCCAGCUUAAAGAUGAGACAAGAGAAUUUAAAAAUAAGAUUAAUCAAAAAGAGAUUUCUCUUGCAAGUGUUAAGAGUGAGAUUGUUACAAAAUUGGAAAAGAUACAAGCUCUCCAAUCGGAAGUAAAAGAGUUGGAAAGAAAAUAUUUUUUAGCCCAGAAAGACUUAUUAGAAAUGGAUUUCUUUAGACAAGAGUUGGCGCAGUUAAAACAAAACAUUGAGCUAAAGAAUAUUGACUUAGAUCUGAAGAAAGAUGAAUUAAGUAAAAAAAAAGGUGAAUUAAUGUGA